AUGUCCUCUUCCAAAAAGCGCAUGUACUUUCACGCUACGUUCCGUCGAAGAUCAAAUGUCAGAUACUCUGGGCCCAGAGCAAAAGAUUUCCUUGCAUUCAGGCAACGCUAUCUGGUUACAUUCAGUGCCGAUUUCGAAUACAUGGAAUUUACAGCUUGUUCAAUAUCGAAGGACUUAGAAUUGGAAACAGAGAGGCUAUUCGAACUCCUGACACCAAGCGGACUUCGUAAAUUCUGGGUCACAGACUCAAAGUUCACCUUAGACGAUAUCCCAAGUCCAAAAUGGAAAGGGAGGAUCAUCAUGGAUACUGAAGACUAG